AUGGUUAGCAGUAUCCUACGCCCGACCGUAUACGAAACCACCCGUAACAUUAGCACACACUUCGUCGGUCGGAGGUGGUCCCCAAUCCCCGCUGUUCUGGCCACGUUCUUUGUAUCGGCCGUUAUGCACGAGGUCAUGUUUUAUUACUUGCUUCGUGCAAAACCGACGUGGGAGGUCACAUGGUUCUUCCUUCUGCACGGAUUUUGUGUAACAGCUGAAAUUGCAAUAAAGAAGGCAUUAAAGGGCAGGUGGCAAUUACCGAGGGUGAUCUCAGGGUUCUUCACCAUAGGAUUCGUCACGGUCACUAGCUGUUGGCUGUUCUUUCCUAAGCCGCUUCAGUGUGGGGCAGAUGUGAGGGCGUUCGAAGAAUAUGCGGCACUAAGAGCUUUCGGGAAGAACUCCUCUCACGCUCUAUUUUGA